AGAGAGGAGAGAGAGGAGAGAGAGAGAGAGGGAGGGAGGGAGGGAGGGAGGCUGCGAUAACAGCGUUUGUCCUUGUUGGACUCAGUUUUGUGACCGGCUGACGGGCUGCAUGAGCGACGGACGAAGAAACUUCAGACAAUCUCGACGAGAUCGGAGCUCCGGAGGGUGUUCAACCCUCCGUGGGAAACCGAAUGAGACACCUCGCAAGAGGAGUGAGGAAAAAACAGCAGACGGCGGCUUGGUGAGAUUGGGGGCGAUAUUGGACUACGUGGAGGGGGGGAAAAAAAAAAUAGAGAGAAGAGUGACUGACAUCUGCCCUCCAGCCCAGUGUGAAGGGCAUAUCAUGAGAGAGUGAGAGGCGGUGCAUGAAGAGGGGAAAAACAGGAGAGAGAAUGAAGACAACCAGAAAACAAGGCCUGCCUCACAGCAAACCUCACUCAAAUUAAAACAUCUCGCCAUCAGACAAGAUGAUUACAAGAAAUCUGCUCCUAUUGGUGUUCCUGUGCACGUGGGAGGGGCUUGUGGAUGUUGGCCUGGGCAGUAAGAUUCUACGAAGGCGAGGAGUGGGCGGAUCGCACUCGCUGAAACUGGGGGAAAACAGAUCUCCGGACCAAUGGGACGCAGCAGUGGACUCGAAUGCUAUGCCUGUGGUGACUCUUAGAAAUCUGAUUAGUCACGAGCAGGCGAGUGACAGCGGACCGCUUUCACACUCCAACGUGUUGCAGAAUCAUCCCUCUCCGCCAGUCACCGACAGGGAGCGGCAGGCUUUUAAGCCCAAGCGAGAGGUCGACUCCGUCAAAAGAAAGGAAGCAUCUUCCCAUAUGUCAUCUGGAAGCAAGGACAUAAACCAAGAUGUGAAAAAAAUCAAAAACAACACCAAGAGUGUUGACUCUGCAAAAGCAGGGAGGUCAGAGAAGACUUACACAAUCCAUCACAAGCCUGAUCUACACUAUAAUAAAACCAGGUUUAAAACCAGCUCUCGGUCCAGGAGCAGACCGGAUUUGAGCAUUCAUACGACAGGCGUGCCAGGGAAAGGAUUCAGCAUCGAGUCAAACCGAAAGCUAAACCUCACUGGCAGCUAUGGAGUGCUGAAGCUGCUGUCUAAAGAGAACCUUGUUAGAAUCGUCAAUUCCCAAAUGCAGAGUGUUCCCGGGCUGAGCUUUCCGAACAAGGGCAGUCGGAGCAGGAAAAGGGAUUUGAUUGACGUUAAUCACGGACAGUUAGAGGCUCAGAGAGCGCCGAGACAAGAUAUGGCUGUCACUCAGUCUCACGCUGGAUUUGAUAAUCAGACUGCGUUUCCUUAUGCAAGCCCAGUCACUACUCCAGAUCUUAAUCGAGACCAGGGCGCUGACACUCAUAUUAAUCCACUAAGCGAAGUCAAACCAGCUCCAAGCAAAGGGCAGGACAACUUGGGAAUACAGGGCUCGGAUAGUGCUGAUAGCAAGAGCAAACACCUGCUUCGUUUACUGUCAACACCUCGCAGCGAGGUCAGCUUCAGCCUGGAGAAAGACGUGACGGUCGGCCAAACAGAACCGCCAUUUACAUUGACUAGACACCUUCCACCGUACGGACCCUCUGAAACAAAUGAAUCACCGUCUGUGCUGACAAUGCAACCCCUGGGACUGAGACCGGGGAACAGAGAGGCAGAUUCCCAGCGAGACCCAUUAACAGAGUCAGCGAACGCCGCUCAGACAGAACCCAGCACACCUCGGUACCCCGCCGAUGAAGACGGCAAACUUGUCAACGGCACUCAUGUCCUGAGGCUCCACCCCGCGUCCGAAUGGAGCCACGGAACAAAGGACGGCGAGGCGCAAGCUGUCGAUCCAGAAAAUGGAAAGGGCCUCGUGUUUGAGGAAGCAGAGUCAGAGGUGGACGAGGACGUGCGUGAGCAGGUGGAUCGGAACGGGCCUCGCUCUCGCAGCAGGAGGAGCUGGAUCUGGAACCAGUUCUUUGUGAUCGAAGAGUACGCGGGGCCUGAACCUGUGCUCAUCGGACGGCUCCACACCGAUAUGGACAGGAAUGACGGACGCACUAAGUAUGUCCUGCGAGGCGAGGGCGCCGGCUCGGUCUUCGUGAUCGAUGAGAAAACGGGCAACAUCCACGUCACCAAGCCGCUGGACCGUGAGGAGAAGGACGAGUACCGUCUCAUCGCCACGGCCACCGACAGGCAGACCGACCGGGCCCUGGAGCCCUCGUCACAGUUCAUCAUCCGGGUGCAGGACAUCAACGACAACCCGCCGGUGUUUGACGAGGGGCCCUACAGCGCCACCGUUCCCGAAAUGGCAAAUAUAGGAACAUCUAUAAUCCAGGUGACGGCGACAGAUGCUGAUGACCCCACGUAUGGGAACAGCGCCAAGCUAGUGUACACACUGGUGCAGGGCCAGCAGUACUUCUCUGUCGAUCCCCAGACAGGCAUUCUGCGCACGGCUGUUCCCGACAUGGACAGGGAGACCCAGGACCAGUACCUGGUGCUGCUCCAGGCCAAAGACAUGGGGGGCCACCUGGGGGGGCUGUCUGGGACCACCACGGUCACCGUCAGGCUGACCGACGUCAACGACAACCCGCCGCGCUUCACCCAGAGUAUGUGGUCUUUCUCCGUCUCCGAGCUGGCCAUCCCCGGCGCCGAGAUAGGACGCAUCUCCGCCGCCGACGCCGACCUCGGCGAGAACGCCAAGCUGGAGUACACCAUCCUGGAGGGGGAGACGGGCGACACCUUCAACAUCACCGGGGUGAACCAGGAGGCGGUCAUCACACUCAACAAGGCUGUGGACUAUGAGAGCAGGAGCUCCUACUCCUUUUCUGUGGAGGUGCUCAACCCCAUAGUGGACCCCCGCUUCCUGCGCCGGGGCCCCUUCAAAGACCGCGCGUCGAUCCGGGUUGCGGUCCUGGACGCCGAUGAGCCGCCGAGGUUUUCUCGGGCCCGAUAUCACAUGGACGUGUCUGAAAACUGUCCGCCAGCCUGCACCGUGGGCCGGGUCAGCGCCGUGGAUCCUGACACCGGUCUGACCAACAACAUCAGGUUCUCCAUUGAUCCUCAGUCGGACCCGGAGGCUCUGUUCCGUAUCGUCCCGGACACCGGCCUCAUCACCACCGCCAUGGAGCUGGACCGGGAGCGCGAGCACUGGCACAACAUCACAGUCAUCGCUACCCAGAGAGACAAUCCCGGCCAGGUUUCCAGAGUUUUGGUUGCGAUAGAGACCUUGGACCUGAACGACAACGCGCCCGAACUGGACAGACAGUACACAACAGCCAUGUGUGACUCUCUGUCCAGCGGACAGGUGGUGCAGGUGUUGCGAGCGAUUGAUAGAGAUGAGGGAGGGAAUGACAGCACUGUGUAUUUCAGCAUCCCUCCGGAGUCCAGCGCUGCCCGCAACUUCAGCGUCAGGGACAGCGGUGGCCCGACCGCCAGCCUGGUGCUGCUGUCCCAGCUGCAGCCGCUGUCCCGCUCCUCGUCGUCCACCCUGACCCUCUACGUGCCGCUCGUCCUCAGAGACGGGACGUCGGGACUCACCAGCUCGGCGACGGUCACCGUGUCCGUCUGCCCCUGCCUCAGGGGCGGGGCCCGGGCGGGGGAGAAGGAGAAGAGCAAACAGGUGGACGGCGAGUGGGACUGGGAGCGAGAGGCGGUGUGUCUCCCGCAGCAGUCGACGCUGCCCUCGCCUGGGCUCAGCACCGCCGCCCUGCUGGCCAUCCUGGCUUGUGUCGCGACACUACUGGCGGUGAGCGCCCUGUCAUUGUCUCUGCGCCGUCAGAAGCGCGACUCCCUGUCGCCGCUGGAGGAGGACGACGUCCGGGAGAACAUCAUCACGUACGACGACGAGGGCGGGGGCGAGGCCGACACCGCCGCCUUCGACAUCGCCGCCCUGCAGAGCGCCCCGCACAGCUCGCGCUCACGUGGCUACCGCACGCUCGACAGCCGGAAUGUUCGUUACUCCCAUCGUGGUCAAGAUAAAGGUCGCACUUACAGCUGGGCUCAGAAUCCAGGCAUGGAGCACAACUACUCGGCCCCCGGCGGACCCCUUUAUGGCCGCCUCUGCUACAGCAGCCACACGUUGCCGGUUCUACGCCGCGCGCCGGGCGGGACCUUCGAGCCGGGCCUGGCGGAGCUGGCGUACCGCUUCCCCGGGGGCCAGCCGGACCACUCCCUGGUCAUCCAGAACCAGGGGGCCAUGGUGGGGCCGAUGGAGUCCGGGGCGGUGUACAUUGCCCCCACGGACCUGAGCGCCGGGAGCCGGACGGGGAGUCGCGCGGGAAGCCGCGACGGGACGGCGCCGCAGAGCGGCAUGAGCACGUCGGACGGGGGAACGCCGAGGACCAGCGACAGCCAGGAGAGAGGCGGGGGGACGGGGACGGCCAGCAACUGCACAGAGGGGAGCAACGACGAGAAGGUUAACCACAGCCAGGACGUGGACUGGCCCCGAACUGAAACCCCUCGUGCUCACCUACCUCCCCUUCAGGUGCAGUCGGAGACUCUGCCCAGGGAGCACAACCUGGUCAUGACCCGGUCUGGCUCCGUGAUGGGCCAGGGUCACGGCGCGGGAGGCUGGGUCUGCGACUCGGCCACCCUCCCACUGGCAGGACGCCGGGCCUCUCGCUCCGGUUUGUCUCCCAAACGCACGGGUGCCGGUCAAGGUGAAUCUGACUCCGGCGGAGGAGGAGGAGGAGGAGGAGGAGGAGGAGGAGGAGCAGGGGGGAGUGGAGGUGGAAAUGGAAACGGGGGCUCCUCCACAGAUGGACAACAGCAGCCUGCCAGUGGACGCAACUACGCCACUGUCCUGCAGGGGGAGGUCUCAGGACAGAGGGACUACCCCGGCAGCCUGGGGAGAGGAGGACUGGAGAUGGGGAGCAACUUUGUGGUUGCGAGGCCAGACAGAGAGAACGGAGGAAUUUCGCUGGCAGGGACUCCAUCCGUCUACCCGGACGCGGCAGGCUACAUCGGGGACUGGCGAGAUCGAGUGGGUCUUGGGGGGUACGUUCUGGGCCGGAGGGAUAUGACCCCUCAGCUUUUACCUUUCCCGGGCCAGCCUCGAGGAGCGUACGCCGGAGUGAUGGGCUUCGGGGCCGGCUGGGUCCCGGGAAUGGAGGCAGCGAGAGGGGCGCCGGGGCCCGGGGGCCCCUCCCUGGCGCUGAGGGUGGGUGAGUUUCUACGUCUGCGGCUCGCCCAGGUCACCUUUGACCCCUCGCAGCCGCCGUACGACUCUGUGCAGGUGUACGGCCUGGAGGGGACAGGGUCCAGAGCCGGCUCCCUCAGCUCGCUGGAGAGCGAGGGGGAGAAGGAUGCAGAGAAGGAGGAUUGGGGGGCGGGGCUGGACGAGUGGGGUCCCCAGUUCCAGAAGUUAGCCCAACUCUUCAAAGACAGGGAGCGAGAGAAGGAAGAUAAGGAGAAAGCUGACGACGGUGCCAAAAAGGAGAAGGAGAAGAAAGAGGAUCAGGAGAAGAAAGAGGAAGGAGAGCAGGCUGGAGACGAGGCGAAAGACUGAGGAAGGGUAAAAACAAAACAAACAGAGGCAAAGGGGGUAAGAGAGGAAGGAGAGAACAGGAGGAUGAUGAAAAGGCAACUAAAGCUAGAAUAAUGUGAAGAGAAGUUAAAGGGGAGAAAGAUGAAGAGGAAAAGUAAUAAAAAGAGACAGAGAAAAAUGAGCCUUGGGAGGAUGGAGAAUGCAAGGGCAGGGGAGGGAGUGAUUGAUGUAAUUUAAAGCAAUAAGUGUUGAAACGCUGAUAUGGUUGAGCACAGAUACUGAGACAAUGCAGAGGCUGCUUCGGCUCGGGGCAGCAACAAUUUGUUAAACGCUUUGGACAUAGAAAAA